CCCUAGAUCUGCACCUGCCCUGCCGCUUGGCUCCGGCUCCUGCAGCCCGCCGAGAGGCCUCUGGCCAUGAGCCGCGGCCCGACGCUGGCCCCCUGGGGCGAGGAAGGGCUGGACAUCGACCGGCCCUUGGAGACCAAUGCCAGCCUGGCCCCGCAGGACCAGCAAGAGCCGGAGGCAGGGUCCGAGGGCGAAGGGGAGGCUGGCAUGAUCGCCAUCCAGUGCAUUUAUGCGCUCGUGUGCCUCGUGGGACUGGUAGGCAACGCCCUGGUCAUCUUCGUGAUUCUGCGCUAUGCCAAGAUGAAAACCGCCACCAACAUCUACUUGCUCAACCUGGCCGUGGCAGACGAGCUCUUCAUGCUCAGCGUGCCCUUCGUGGCUUCGUCGGCCGCCCUGCGCCACUGGCCCUUUGGCUCGGUUCUCUGCCGCGCAGUGCUCAGCGUGGACGGCCUGAACAUGUUCACCAGCGUCUUCUGCCUCACGGUGCUCAGUGUGGACCGCUAUGUGGCCGUGGUGCACCCGCUGCGCGCUGCCACUUAUCGGAGGCCCCGAGUGGCCAAGCUCAUCAACCUGGGCGUGUGGCUGGCGUCCUUGCUGGUCACUCUGCCCAUUGCCAUCUUCGCCGACACCAGGCCGGCUCGGGGUGGCCAGGCCGUGGCUUGCAACCUGCACUGGCCACACCCGGCCUGGUCUGCUGUCUUCGUUGUCUACACUUUCCUGCUGGGCUUCCUGCUGCCCGUCCUCGCCAUCGGCCUGUGUUACCUGCUGAUCGUGGGCAAGAUGCGAGCCGUGGCCCUGAGGGCGGGCUGGCAGCAACGAAGGCGAUCGGAGAAGAAAAUCACGCGGCUGGUGCUCAUGGUGGUGGCCGUAUUCGUGCUCUGCUGGAUGCCUUUCUAUGUGGUGCAGCUGCUGAACUUGUUUGUGACCAGCCUGAACGCCAUCAUCAACCAUGUGUCCCUCAUCCUCAGCUACGCCAACAGCUGCGCCAAUCCCAUCCUCUAUGGUUUCCUCUCUGACAACUUCCGCCGUUCUUUCCAGAGGGUUCUGUGCCUGCGCUGCUGCUUCCAGGACGAGGGUGGAGGUGCAGAGGAGGAGCCCCUCGACUACUAUGCCACUGCUUUCAAGACCAGAGCUGGGGCAGGGUGCAUGUGCCCCCCAAUACCCUACCAGCAGGAGCCCGUGGCGCCACAAGCCAGCCAAAAGCAGGUCCCCCUGACUAAAACUACCACCUUCUGAGGAGUCUUCUCAACACCCGCGUGACCACCCGCUAGUAUGCUGCUUCCCUGGAUGCACCUCACAAACACAGAUUGUGCCCCCCACAGCCAACGCCUUCCUUAUUCCUCCUAGCCUGUGUAUUGAGGCUUCUCUGUGUGUCCCUUUCCCCAGGACUGGCUUUCAGAAGGUCGACUUUGGGAAAGAGGAUAGAACUCUGAGAACAGAACGUCUGGCUAUAUUUUUCCAGAAAGAGGAAAGACUGGCCAUUUGCAUGUGUCUUGCUCCGGCCAGUCUAAACAGAAGAUUAUUUAGAGGCAUCCUUGCUCUCAGCUUUGUUUUGAAGUAGGGACAGAGCAGCUAUGGAAAGAGAAGAGAAGAAGAUGCUUGCAAACAUAUGCCCUUCCCUUCUUUUUCUGGGCUUUUUUCUAUGUGUGAUGUGUAUGGUACUUCCUGGGGUGCCAGCUUUGUGACCCCAAAACUCCUGCUUGCUUGUGUAACAAGUGAUCCUGCUUCUCCUGCGCUGUUCACCUCUUGCUUCUGUUGCUGUCUCCCUGUGAGCACAAAAGAUUUGAAGAAAUGUGACAUGUUGUAAGGUUUGCUGUGAAGCCUAAAACCAGAUUCUUCUUCAAUGUUGCUGAUCUUGAGAGCCCAUGUGACACUACUGAGCAAGAGAGAAGAGGGGGAGAUACUACCAGUAUUACUUCCCCCACAGUCACAGUUCUUGGACACACGCCAAUUUUCUUUCACUUUGGCCUGCUGAAAGCCCAAAGGGUGCUUUGAGUAGCACACUCUUCCUCUAAGUGAUUUUUCAGGGAGCACAAUGGAAGAGAUCUUGGCACCCAGAUACUAUGCUAGACCUUGUGACUAGGAAUAUCAGAUCUUUACAGCAGGAUUUUAUAACUCUUAAAGGUUAUCUUCUCCCCCAUGCCAACAUCUCCCUCUUGAAACUCCACUUAUGCUCCAAUAUUCACUGUGACUGAGAUGGACAAUUUUUCUUUCAAUUUUUCUUCCAUUUUGCCUUAAAAUAACCUUCGCACUCUCUAUGUGACCUUAAACUUGCCCUCAAGAUACUGAAGAUUGCAACAUACCAUUUUUCUCUAGUCACUUGUUAUUCACUAAUUUACUGGCAAUGAAGCUGACAGGUAUUCGGUACCUGCUGUGUGCUAGGAAAUCCCUGGCUCACCUUGUCUAAUCCUCAUGGAAACUAUGAGGCAACACUUUUAGUAGCCAGUCUUACAACUGUAAAGGAGUUGGGUGAUACAUAUUCACAGUGAUCACUGGUGUAAAGGGAGGGUGCAAAUAUGACAUUCCAUAUAUGUGACACUCCACAUUAACCUUGCAGGAUAUGUGCUGGAGAAUCUUGAAGAUCUCUUCCUAUGUAAAUAACUUUACAAAUGGCUGUUACCCUCCCCAAAUAGUCUUAUUACUUCAACAGAAUAUUAGCAUGCUCUUGUCAAAA